CCCCGCCGGGCCCGCGGCAGCGAGCGGCGCGCGCUGCCAGCCCCCCGGGCCCCCCCGGGCCCCCCCGGGCCCCCCCGAGACCCCCGGAGACCCCGAGGCCCCCCGGGGCACCGCCUCGAGGCAGAUGAAGUACAUCCUGGUGACGGGCGGGGUGAUCUCGGGCAUCGGCAAGGGCAUCAUCGCCAGCAGCAUCGGCACCAUCCUCAAGUCCUGCGGGCUGCGUGUCACCUCCAUCAAGAUCGACCCCUACAUCAACAUUGACGCUGGCACCUUCUCCCCGUACGAGCACGGGGAGGUGUUUGUGCUGGAUGAUGGAGGGGAAGUGGAUCUGGACCUUGGUAACUAUGAGCGCUUCCUCGACAUCCGACUCACCAAAGACAACAACCUGACUACUGGGAAGAUCUACCAGUAUGUAAUCAACAAGGAGAGGAAGGGAGACUAUCUUGGCAAAACUGUCCAAGUUGUUCCCCACAUCACAGAUGCUAUACAAGAAUGGGUAAUGAGGCAGGCACGAAUUCCUGUAGAUGAAGAUGGCAUUGAACCUCAAGUUUGUGUGAUUGAGCUUGGAGGGACAGUGGGUGACAUUGAAAGCAUGCCUUUCAUCGAGGCCUUCCGCCAGUUCCAGUUCAAAGCCAAAAGAGAGAAUUUUUGUAACAUUCAUGUCAGUCUAGUUCCCCAGCCAAGCUCUACAGGAGAGCAGAAGACUAAGCCCACCCAAAACAGUGUUCGUGAACUCAGAGGUCUUGGUCUCUCACCAGAUCUGAUUGUUUGCAGGUGCUCGACUCCAUUGGAUACCUCAGUAAAAGAAAAGAUUUCCAUGUUCUGUCAUGUUGAACCAGAGCAGGUCAUCUGUGUUCAUGAUGUCUCUUCUAUCUACCGGGUUCCUCUGUUGUUAGAGGAACAGGGAGUUGUUGACUACUUCAGACACAGGCUUGACCUUCCCAUUGAGAGGCAGCCCAGGAGGAUGCUCAUGAAGUGGAAGGAAAUGGCUGACAGGUACGACCGUCUCCUUGAAACAUGUUCCAUUGCGCUUGUGGGCAAAUACAUCAAGUUUUCAGAUUCCUACGCGUCUGUCAUUAAAGCCCUGGAACAUUCUGCUCUGGCUAUCAACCACAAACUUGACAUCAAGUAUAUUGACUCUGCUGAUUUGGAGCCAGAGACUCUACAGGAAGAGCCUGUCCGAUACCACGAAGCAUGGCAGAAGCUGUGUGGUGCUGAUGGAGUUCUUGUUCCUGGUGGAUUUGGUGUUCGAGGGACAGAAGGCAAAAUUCAAGCUAUUUCCUGGGCAAGAAAACAGAAAAAACCCUUCUUAGGAGUUUGCUUGGGAAUGCAGUUAGCAGUUGUGGAAUUCGCACGCAGUGUUCUUGGUUGGCAAGAUGCCAACUCGACAGAGUUUGACCCCAAAACUGCUCAUCCUGUGGUCAUUGACAUGCCAGAACAUAAUCCUGGGCAAAUGGGUGGGACCAUGAGACUUGGCAAGAGAAGAACACUCUUCCAAACCAAGAAUUCAAUCAUGAGGAAGCUGUAUGGAGAUCAUGAUUUCUUGGAAGAGAGACACAGACACAGAUUUGAGGUCAAUCCAGAAUUGAAAAAGUGUUUUGAAGAGCAAGGUUUGAAGUUUGUAGGCCAGGAUGAGGAGGGAGAGCGAAUGGAAGUGGUUGAGUUGGAAGAGCAUCCCUUCUUUGUUGGGGUUCAGUAUCACCCUGAAUUCCUUUCUAGACCAAUUAAGCCAUCUCCCCCAUAUUUUGGCCUCCUCUUGGCAUCUGCAGGAAGACUCACACAUUAUCUACAAAAGGGCUGCAGACUCUCACCCAGGGACACGUACAGCGACAGAAGUGGCAGCAGCUCACCUGACUUGGAGAUAACAGAGCUGAAGUUUCCAUCAGUAAAUCAUGACUGAUUCCUGAUGUCUUCACUGAAGAGGAGUCUUAAUUAGAUUUUCCAGGCAUUCUUAGAGCAAUAGCUUGAACACUGUCAGCUUUGGGCUUUCUUAAAUUAUGGUUUUAUAAUUUUCAUUAUGAAAUCCUGUCUCUUUAUUUCCUCAACUCUUCUGUCUUCUGUUUAUUUUCUGCAUAGAUUCUGUUUCUUUCUGGAGGAGAGCUCAUCACAGCAGGUGCAUCUCUAGACUUUCUUCAGUUUCUUCCAUCUUGGAGAUAAAAAGCAAAUUUGGGUUUGGGAUUUGAUGUGCUGGGGAGAAUCCAGGUGCCCACUUCCUUCCUAACACGUGGUAACACUGGUGUCAGUUUGUAUCCUGGGCACUGACAGCUGAGUUGCUUUCUCCAGCCUUUCUGCUCCCUCUUUAGUACUUACUGCUGAAAUUAGGUGGGUCACACUAGAUUUCGGGGGGCUUGCUCAGUUCUUGAGCUGUGCUGUGCUGCAGAGGAUGGGUCUGUUCAGCUUUAUGCAGUUGUUUGGGUUUUUUUGUUUUGUUUAGUGUUUGUUUUUUUUUUGGGGGGAGGGGAGGAAUGACAGAUGCAACAUGUUCUGUUCUGGUUUUUUUAGUAGUAUUUAAAAACAUUUGGCACUGGUGUUCUUGGUGCAGUCACUGCCGGCAAUGAACUUUUAACCAGAGAAAUACUCCUGGUACAGAAAAGUUAACUUGGCAGAUGAUCAGCUCUAACUGUGAUAGUCACUCUGCAGGGAUGCAGUGACUUAGAUCAUGUUGGGAGGGGGAAGCAAAACCCUCAGGAAAGCCCAUUGCUUCUUGAAAUGAGGCGUUGACCAGGUGCCCUUUCUGUGCCAGUGUUUGCUGGUGCUGCUUCUUGGGCUGGGAAAUUUCAACUCCUUGCAUCAAGGGGGAGGUACAGAAAAGAAAGUGAACUACUUUCAGAUGCUGCCUUUAACAGCUCCUGUUGUGAUUUGCCUUGGACUGAACAGUUCAUGGUGCUUUUUCCUGUUGAUUGGAAGCAGAGCCUUCCGUUGCCUUUUCUUACCCAGUGUCCCACACUCGCUGCACCCAGAGCUGCUGUUCCCUGCAGGAGGGACCUUGCAAUUUGCCUUCAGUGUGACUGGGUUUGCUCUGCAGCCCUGGGCUGUCCUACCGUGACUGCUCAGCCUUGCAGUUCUGGGGGGGAAUGCACUUGCUUUUUUGGCUUUUCCUGCCCCUGGCUGCAGUGAAAGUGGCACAGGGUUUGGUCUCUGGUGAUUGAGAAGAAAGGAAGAAAGUGUCUCAGGUGUCUUGACGUGUCUCUCCAGAACUUUGCAGUUCAUUAAUGCUGGGAGAAAGGUGCACGUCCUGAGCCUGGCUGAGUACUAACUGUGUUGUCUGAUGCCAAACAUUACUGUCUCAUAUUAAGUGAUCUUUUCCUCAGCCCCUCUUGCUUUAUUUCUCCAUUGUUUUCAGUACGUGCUGUAAAGCUGCUUUUAGCCAGGAAGGUGUUGAGGAUUCUUUGUGUGUGCCAAUCAGAACAGUCCUGCAAGCAGGAUGGGCCGGGUCGAGGGGCUCUGUGCUGUGCAGACACUGGCCAUGACACGCCUGGUUCUCAGCAGUGUGAGUGAGGUCACUCCUGAUCUGUAGCACAGUUUUUCUUUCUCCUGAUAUGGUUGUUUUUUGGGUUUUUUUGGCCAAAACUGUGCAACUGACUCAGUCAUCAAAUGCUUAUUUGUAAUAAAAUUAAUAACUAGCCAA